AUGCCAUAUGCAGAUCACCGCCUGUUUUUUGUAAAAGACCCCGAGACUACAUUGGUGGAACUGUUCGGGUUGUAUGGCGAGACAUCUCGAUUUAAAUUGAUCAUGUCCAAAUGUGAGGUAAUUAAUAUUUUGCAAUACUCAAGAUGAAUAUCCUACCCCGGAUCAUCUACCUCUACCAAACAAUCCCUCUAGCCCUACCUACGGCCUACUUCACAUCCCUACACUCCGCUAUUAUACGAUUCGUCUGGAGUGGUGGCCAGGUAUGACUUCGUCACGAACUACUAUGCCUGCCGUGAGCCUGGGAUGGUCUGGCACUCCCUGACUUACGCAAAUAUCACCAUGUGACUGUACUACAGAGGAUACUGGAAUGGCAUAUCCACCCGACACAUAAACAAUGGGUUGAACUCGAUAAGGGUCACUUGCGCCCAUCCCUUGUUAUGGCAGUGUGGAAAUCAAAAAGGCCCGCACAAGCGGCUUUUGAUCCUACCUCAACAGUGGCUCAAAUGCUGAAGACCUGAUAUAUACCAGCACCUUCUUGUGGGACAUUUGGAGAAUAGAGAUACUUUCUGCCGAUGUUGGGAAUGUACUCUUGAUAAGUCGUUCACUACGGUUCAAUGGGAGAAGAUCAUAAUCCUCCACCACAAAUGCUCCUCGAGUUCCAAAUAUCAGGAAACCAACUAUAAAUUUCUUGCGUUCUGGUACAGAACACCCGACAUCCUACAUAGAAUCUUUCCAGCUGUGCCUAAUAUUUGCUGGAGAUGCAGAGAGGAACUGGGAAUGAUACCGCAUAUAUGGUGGGAAUGCCCACGCAUUAUGCCUUUCUGAGAUGCAGUGAAAUGGAAAACGGAGGAGAUUCUUGGCGACGCGGGAUGUUUCGACAUGGAAACAGUUCUCCUACACUCCAUGUCAACUACAGUUACGGCCUACAGAAAAUCUAUACUUCGACACCUGCUGAAUGCCGCCAAAGUCUUGAUCCCACUACAUUGUAAGCAGAACACGACCCCCAUUAUGGGGCAAUGGAUGGAAAGGGUGGAGGAGAUAUACAUGGAGGAGUCAGUGCAGGAAUCGCUGCUGGGAGCUGAGGAAAAGCAAGUGAAGAGGUGGCGGUCGUGGCUGGCGUACGUGGCGGUGCGGGAUAGGGGGGCAGGGAAGGAGGCACGGCCAUAAGGGAUAGAGUUGGAGCACUCCUACCCCGUUUCAGGGCUACCCUUCUGUGCAACACACCCUUGAUAUACCUAACCGCUACUGGGACCAUCCCCAAUGGCUGGGGGAACCGCAAACUCUAGGCAGUUGGGCUAGCACCUGACCUCCAUUCCCUCCCCCUUCUCUCCACAGUUUCUUUUCUCCAACCUCAUAAACUUGCCCCUAUACAGACGGGUAGACUGGUACUUUCUGUUCACGGUCAAAGUGACUAACAGACACUGCGCAUGUCUAAAGCCAUGUGAUGCUUUUAAAGUACGCUUUCUAUCUGUUCAGUAUUGUUCAUUGAUUGAUGUUUCAUUGUCUGUGAGUCACCACCAUGCCAACUGAGGCUGAGAGUCAGUCAAGACACUGUCUUAGCCAACAUUCCGCUACAUUGCACAUUUCGCUGAUAUCUAACCUGCAUUAUGGAAAGAUGUAAUGAUGUAUAUCAUUGUAUACUACGUUUGUAUUGACAUGUUUGGACCUGCACGUCCACGCUACACGUUGCACCUUUCUGCAUGUUUUAUUUAUGUCCUGCUCAAUAAACAGCUUUGCUUGACAGCAAUAAAAAAAAACUGUAUUUGACAUAAACGUUUAGCAGAUGCUUCAUUACAAAAUAGGAGGUGAACCAAAUUGUAGUGUAAUUUUAAAACAUCUUACAUAAAACAGGUGAAAGCACAUAUAAUGACAACUCUGCUUGCUCACAUGUUGUUGGAAAAUUUUAUUUCAAAUUUAAUUUCGUACUUAUCCUAAAAAACAUGUGGUGUGGUCAGGCAGGGAUAUAUUUAAAACUAAUUAGCAAGUGCAGGAACUAAACAUUCUGAUCUUGUGCCUGAUAUUCCAGGGAAAAUGGGACAUUCAUUAAACCUGUGCUUAUUAUGGGUUUUCUCUAGGAUCUGAACUUCCUUCCUUGGAGACAAGUUUAUUUUAACUGUGCAACUGAAUAUUUGUUUAUAUUAUUAAUGUUAAUAGCAAUUCUUUGAGUUGCAGAAAGUGUCCUAUAUGGGACAGAAUGUGCUGAAAUGUAACAAAUAAAUAAUGAGACAAGUAGCAUUGCAGUAGGGUUUUGAUUUAAAUUUACUCUGAGCUUCCUAUGUAUACUCUUUUAGUAUUUAUCGAUAAUUAAUCAGUGAUGUAUUUUUUACCUUUUUGACACAAGGUGUAAAAGGACAAAAAGGACAGCCUGGUGCACAAGGUGAAGAUGGUGCUUGGGGCAUUAAAGGAACCAAAGGGGACCCUGGGACAGAAAGUCUGCCUGGUCCACAAGGUAACUUUUGCUUAAAAUUUACAAGGUGCUGCACAUGGUUUCUUGUGUGUAUUAUCCCUUUCUCUUUUUUACAAGCAAGUCUUUUCAUUUUUAGGCUUCCAACAAACAAUAGUUAUGUAUGUCUCAAGACCCUAUGUGGUGCGAUAUGAACUGCCUUAAAAUGUCAGAUCUCUAGAUAUGCCACUUACAAUUACUUCUCUCUUUCCACCUUCCUUCUUUGUAAUGUUACUGUCUCAUUGAGAUUCUUUGUAAAUUGUAAAUUUCUUAUUGCUCCCACAGGAUUUCCUGGGCCCAGGGGAGAUAGAGGUAGACCUGGGUUGCCUGGACUCCCAGGGGUGCCUGGUCCGUCAGGAAAACCUGGUUUAAUGGGAUUGGAUGGAGAAAAAGGAGCUGCAGGUGAUGUAUUAGGAGCACCUUCUGGAGUCCGUGGAAAUAUGGGACUUCCUGGUUUUCCAGGUCUGAAGGGUAGACAAGGCGAUCAAGGAAUUCCAGGCACUCAAGGUACAUAAUUUCAACAUUUCUAACACCACUUCUCAGUCUUAUUAAUAACACCAUUGCAUUGUUUUACACCAGUAAUUGUGUAGAAACCAUAGUUUGCAGUGUGAAUAGCCAUAUUGCCAAACUAGUUUUCAGAUUCGUUAUGAAAAUUACAUAUUACCAAUUCCUAUAUAUCUGCUUUAGCUUUAACCAAUACAAACCUAUUGAGAUUUCAUUAUUUAUUACAUUAGCUCUUUUGGUUUUAGCUUUAUAUCUGACAGGGCUUAAUUUGUGUCCAUUGUUAGCACUGUCUCCAACUCUCUUAGUAUUACAUGUGGAGUUCCACAUGGUUUAAUUAUUGUCCCUUUCUGUUCUCCAUAUCAAUUAAAGGAACACUAUAGUCACCCAUAUAGUCAUCUCAAUGAAGUGGUCAGGGUACAGUGUCCCUUUCCUCUUAUCCCUGCAAUGUAAAAUAGUGUAGUUUUUGAGAAACUGCAAUGUUUAUCUUGCAAUGCUAAGUCUUCCUCUAGUGACUGACAGCCAUUAGAGGAACUUCCACUGCACUGACCAAGUAAAACUUGAUCACAUGACACAGAGGUCCCCAUAGGAAAGCACUGGUUCAAGGCACUUCUUUUGGGGAAUUUUAAUGCACGUGCAGCACUUGCCACAUAUGCACAGUAGGUCCCCAGUGCUUCUCUGUGAGGAACAUUGAAUUGGAUCAACAAAGUGGUGGCCAUCACUCCUCUGUGACAUCUCUGGGGGAUGAACAGCACCAAGAGUGCGCAGGCACUGGAAACAGGAAACAUAUUUGUAUUCCUAACACUAUAGUGUUCCUUUAAAGGGACACCGUAGGCACUGUAUCUGCUUCAUCUCAUUAAACUGGUUAUAGUGUCAGGAGUCCACUGGUCCCAUCAUUUCUAUCAGCAUUAAACAGUUUUUAAAGUUUUAAUGUUUUAAUGCUAAACAAGAGUCCCCGGCAAUCCAUCCCCUCUGUGCUACUUUGGCUAAUAAGGAAGUAUUAGCCUGAGCAGCAAUGGGCAGCUGUGAUUGGCUGAGUGUGUCAGCUGACUGCUUUUACCCUGUCAGAGUUUCAACUGACGGUAUGAAUGGGUAUGACAACAAGGAAGUGUGUAAUCUCUGCCUUAGCUACACAUACUGAAGGGGCAGGACUGUGGGUGGCCAGGGACUUUUAUUUUGUGGCAUACUGUACGAACAUGGUGCAACACUGAAUGGAGGGACAGUGCCAGGCCACUCCAGGCACUAUAACCAAUUCAAGGAGAUGAAAUGCUUAUAGUGACUAAAGUGUCCCUUUAAAGACCUUACUCUGUGUGUAAGACAUCAGCUGUACACAUGUAAUGUACCCUAAAAGCCACAAUAAAACUUAAGUUACCAAAGAUAAAAAACAACAACAGCUAAAGCAAAAAAAAAAAAAAAAAAGCCUUCCUUAAAUACUGACAAAACAAUUGCAAUAGUAUUUCAAACAAACCCAAACUCUGAAACUAACAAAACCCAAUAAAGCAUUACAAUCUAACUGUAACUUGAACAAUAUCAGUUCCAAUAAAUAUCUCAGUAUGUCGAUGGACCUCAAUCUCUCAUUCAGCUUAUAUAUUGAAAAAAAAAUUUUCAAACAGCCUGCUUAGAUCUCCUCAUAAGAAAAUAAAUUGUAAAGCAAAUACUAAUACAGGUCUUAGACCAGUGGUUCCCAACAUGGGUGUCCGCAGGAAUCUUUCCGGGUGUGGGGCAUAAUUGUAAUGACAUCCAUGCUUGGUCCCUUUUGUGUCAUGAAAGGGAAGGGGCAUAAUCAUUAUCACAUAAAGCCAGGGUGAAUACCGUUUUCACAACUAUGCUGUCAGGAAAACAUGUUUGUAUUCCUGACACUUAAGCAAAUUAAAGGAACAUUCUGGUCACCUUAACAACUUCAUCUACAUGAAAAUGCUGUGAUGCCAGGAUGCCCUUAGGUGCUCUCAAAUGGUUUAACCCCAAAGGCUUCCUCCACCUCCAGAUCUCCAGGUCGCUCAGUGGUAUUCGGCUUCUGAAACAAAGUGUCAGGAAGUGCAGAUUGACGUCAGGCAUUGGUGCUACAGAUUGGCUAGAGUGGUCAGUUGACUCUCUAAGCCAAUCGCUUGUUCCCGGUUCAUAAAAAUGUUAAUCUUUUUUACAAAUGGGGAGCUACUGAUUUGCUUAGAGUGCCAGCUGACUGUUCUAGCCAAUCAGCGGCAAUCCUACCCAGCAGCACUCUGUGCUUCCUGACACUCAGUAAAUAAAAGUGAACACAUUAACACUGAUAUUUUUUUUGACCUGGGGCGAUGAGAAGGUCCAAAGUUUCCCUGCCAGGCCCAGUUAACAAAGCCUUAUGAUGUGGUGUCCAGAAUAAAGUAGAGGGUUCUUUUCACUUGUCCUUCCUGCUCCAAUCUCCUUUCUUCUCCUUCAUUUGACACAGUCUUCUUUUUCUUCUGACACUGUCUUCUCUCCUCCUUGGCUCCUUCUGCUCCUUUACCUUUCUGCUACUUUCUGCUUGUUUUGCGCCCUUCUGCUCCUUUCUCUUCUGAUCCCUUUCUGCUCCUUGCAGACCAUUUCUGCUCCUUCUCCUACUUUACCUUUGUGCCCCUUUCUGCCUUUCUGCUCCUUGCAGUCCCUUUCUGCUCCUUCUCCUACUUUACCUUUGUACUUCUUCUGAUUCUUUCUGCUCCUUUACCUUUCUGUUCCUUCUGUCCCUUCCUGCUCCUUGCUGCCCCUUCCAGCUCCUUGCUGCCUCUUUCUGCUCCUUGAUGUCCCUUCCUCUCCUUUCUGUUCCUACUCAUUUCUGCUCCUUCUCUUUCUUUACCUUCCUGCUCCUUGCUGACCCUUCCUGUAGGCUGUCUCCCCAUCCCUCACUUACCUGAUCUAUAGGCUGUCUCCCCCCCAUCCCUCACAUACUUGAUCUGUAGGUGGAUACCCCCAUUUCUCACUUACCUGAUCUGUAGGCUGCACCCCCCACCUCCAUUCCCUCACUUACUUGAUCUAUAGGUUGGCUCCCAUCCCUCACUUACCUGAUCUAUAGGCUGCCACCCCAUCCAACACUUACCUGAUCUAUAGGUGGUCUCUCCCCCUCAUCCCUCACUUACCUGAUCUAUAGGCUGUCUCGCCCCCUCCCCUCAUCCCUCACUUACCUGAUCUGUAGGCUGUCUCUGCAGUUUGGGAGUUUCUGGCUCUACUCUGUGCUGCUCCCCUGCGGAUUCAGUCAGGAGAGAGAAGCAGGGAUAAGAUGUAGCUUCCUAUCCCUGCCUCUCUCCACAUACAUCGCCACCUACUGGCCGGCGCCAGUAUUACAAUGUAUUAUCAAUCUGAAAAUAAAAAUACCGGCACAUGCUGAAAAAUCCUUGGACCCCCUGCGGAUGACCAUGGUCCCCAACCCAGUCCUCAAGUGCCCCCUAACAGUCCAGGAUUUAGGGAUUACCCGGUUGUGUCUAAGGUAUUUUUAGAAAGACAAAAAAAAAAGAAAACACUUUAGAUACAGCAGGGUAAUCCCUAAAUCCUGGACUGGUAGGGAGUACUUGAGGACUGGGUUGGGAAUCCCCUGUCUUAGACAAUAGGAAAGUAGCAUAUGCAUCUACAGCUCACACUACUUGAGCAGUGUGCUCACUCUGGCUACCUGUAUACCUGUGUCCCACAAUCCACUUCCUGUUACUUUCUUUAUAGCCCUUGCCUCAGAAAGAAGGACAGAUGAGAAGCUUACUUCUGUGGAGAAAUCUUAAUGUAUUCUUUCUGGUGGAAUAUUUUCUUAAUAAAGUCUAAAAAAAAACAUUGUAGACCAUAAUUAUUAAAUCCUUCCUAGACAGUACAAUGACACUAUCUAAUAGCAGAGUAUGCUUUGUUACUACCCUACUGGCAUACUGGCAAAAAGUGAAUAUAGGGACAUUGGUAAGAUUACCAACAAUAAUCUUGUAUGGUUUUCUACUGGAAGGACUUUUAUAAUUGAACCACAAAUUUGUUCAUUUUCUGUCUUUUUAAAUGGUGUUAUCUAACUUUUCCAGCAGCGUAAUAGUAUUGAACUUGUUUUGUUGUAUUGCUUGGCACAUUUGUGAUGGCACAAAUUAAAUAAUUGUCAUAUAUUCAAUCCAGGUCUCUCCUCCCAUCAUUUGCACAUUAAAUACCACUGUUGCUCGGCAAUGUGACAUUAACAUUUUACAUUUCAGGUACUAAUGGAAGACCUGGACUACCUGGAUUUAAAGGUGCUCAAGGUGAUUCUGGAGUCCCUGGCUCCACUGGAUUGCCAGGACCUGAAGGAGCCUUUGGAUUCCCUGGAAUGCCUGGGAAACCUGGAACAGCUGGUGCUGCUGGUACAACAGGACUUCAAGGUUAGAUAAUUCUAUUUAGUGCUAUAUUUUAAGUAAACUCAAAAAAAGUAACUGACUAAGCAUUGGGUAGUUACAUUUAAUGGAAUAACAGUUCAAGAAGCUGAAUUCUGUGAGAUUCAAUACAUCAAACGUCUAGUAGUGGAAUGCUAACUUUAGGCAACAUGGAAUCUUUUGUUGUUUGCAUGUUGUAUUCCAGUCAAUUAUGUUACCUCAAUUUCCCUAGGAGCAUCCAUAUUAAAAAAUGACGAUAUUUUUGUAAAAUGAAAAAAGCUUAUUAAAGUUGAUCUAUAACUUGCUCUGUGCACUUUACACAAGGUUUAAUACAUGGAAACUGUGCCAUAACAUUGCUUGUACUUGGGAAAAAAAAUUAUAUUGUGUUUUUAUGAAGUUGUUUCUUUAAUUGGCACUGUCCACUUUCCACAUAGGUCCCCGUGGACAAAGAGGAGAUGAAGGAGAGCAAGGACCACCUGGUCCUGUUGGCAUGAAGGGAACACCUGGAGAUCGUGGAGAUGUGGGAUUUAUUGGUGUAAGAGGCAAACUAGGUGAACCAGGUUUCCCUGGCUUGCCUGGCAUGCAUGGACAUCCAGGUGUGAAAGGUAAUAUACUAUGGUAAUGGUGACAAUUUUUAGCAUUUGUACUUUAUUUGUUUCAGAUAAAGGAACUGGGUACAGAAAGGAACAAAUCUGUAUAAUGUUAAAUGAACAUUCAGAAAAGUAUAGAAUACAAAUACAAUUUAGAUUGCUUAACACAGUAUGUGCUAUCAAUCUACAAAAUAUAUAUUUAUAUAUAAAGAAAAAUAGUAUGGGAAAAUGGGACUAUUUUCUAAUGAACAAUGUAAGAACCUGGAAGUAGGUAAUCAGUGAAAAAAACCAGCUCCUAAUCUCCAAGUGUCCCACCUAUUCAACACUGUGGUCAAAAUCUUAUAAUUAGUAUAAAAAGCAGUGAAUUUACACACAUAGAUGCUUUGUUUGCCUAAUGAAUUGAGCAAUGUUUGUGCUACUGAAGCUGAGGAAGAUUCCAGGCUCAUGUGAGUUGUUGUUGCGCUAUUAGGAUUAUGUAAAGUAUGAGUUCUUGUAAUGCCUCAAGGUAUUAAGUAGAAAGAUCCAGACCUAAUUGAAGGGUGUAAGAGAAAGGUCAUUAUCAGUCAUGUCCCAUAUCAGUUUCUGGAUGGUUUCUCAAAACAGUUUGAUAAUAGGACAACUCCGCCAUAUGUGAAGCAUUGUACCUUCAUCCUCCCCACAGUGCCAGCAUUAUUUUGAAGUGUUAGGAAAAUAUUUGUUUAAAUGGGGAGAUUCCAUAUACCACUUAUAAAUAUUAUUUCUUUACUGUUCAAAGAGGGAAGAUGAACAGAGUACGGUAAUUAUUUCUGUACAUUCUGUAUUCUGGACCAUUGAAUUGGUGAAGUAACGCACUGCAAAUCCAAAUUUGUAGAUGUUAGUUGUAACAGUUGUAGAUCAGUUUACAAUCAGAAUGAAGUUUGCCAUCAAUACACACGUGCUACAUGGGAGUGAGUGGGGGUAAAAGAUCUCCACUAAACUUCCCUUUUCAUUGUAGAUGGGAAAUGAGAGAUUGGAGUCGAGGGAAGAGUGUAAGGAAGGCUCUUGCAAUGUAUAUUGUUUCUGAAUGACACAAAGGCCUAGGGUUAAAAGUUGUCAGACAGUAUGGGAGAGCUGAAAGUGGUAUUUUAUUGAAUAGUGGCUCAGUGCAGCUUAGGGCACUCUAUAUUUCUCCUACAUUUAAAAAAGCAAUGGAGUUUGAAACCGGGGGGAUUUUUUGUCUUAAAAGUAGUGGGAACCAAAGAAUAUAUGCUAUGGUAUGUGGCCUAAGGAGGCAAUGGUGACAUUGUGAAUGUAUAACCAUUGUGAAUUUUCUUUGCCUGGGUGGUAUUGAAAAAGGUAUCACUUAUCUUAUUAACCUUCAAACAUUCUUCUUUAAACACUGUUGAUGAUGUUUCAUUUUUUUCAAAAUCAUAAAAAGGUGUGAAAGGAUCCCCAGGAAUGGAAGGCUUCCAGGGUAUGAAAGGUGUGAAGGGAAGGCCUGCCUGGAAUGGACUUAAGGGAGGGACUGGCAACCCUGGCUUUCCGGGCGUGAAAGGAAAUCAAGGAAUUUCAGGAACAAAAGGUAUUUGUAACAAAUGUUCUCUAUAUUUUGCAAAUUAUAUCGAACACACUUCAUAUGUGAGAGUCAGCUAAGAAGGUAAGUGUAGUAAUACUGAUACUUUGUGUGAAGGUCAACAGCAAACUGUACUUCAUAGAGAGGUGGUUCUUAAAAUGUUUUUUGAUUGAGAUCCAAGUUUGGUACACGGUCUUAGCUGGGUAAUCAAUCCUUUUUUAAAUGACCUCAGUGGCGCAUGUUUAAAAUCGUAUAUGAUAUGUAACACAUUUUUGGGAAUUUGGCAAGCACUUUUCAUUAGUCCCUUCUAAUGGUACACAAUUACCUUUUCCAUAAAUUUAGAGAGGUGAGCCAAAUUAUGCAGAAUAUUUAAGCCUCUUUUAGCAGAAUGAUUGCCAACAGACUCUAUGCUCUUUUGAUUCCCGCACCUUAUCUUGUCUUAAGAACAGUAUAUAUUCUCUAAAAAAAUUUAGCUUUGACAAAAGGGACCGCAAUAACGAUAUGUAGGGCCUUGUUCAAAAAACUGAAUUUAUGCAAAACUCCCAUUCAUUCUAAUAAGAGGAUAUUAUAUGAAAUUUCACUACCCCAGUAAUUACACCUCUCCUUAUGUUCUUUCAGUCUUUUGUAAUAUUGUUACUGGAAACAGUUCAUCUUCUACAUUAUUAGAUCAAUUCCAUCUGUCUUUGGAUGGAAUGUAUUGGCUGUUACAGAAUUGAGACUUGCUAUUUAGCUAUAGCUGUGAAGAGCAGAUGGACUGCAGGCUCCAGUGGGCCGCAAGUAUGUGUCUUAUUAUUUGAAAGCUGUUUGACUCUUAACAGUGGAGAUAAACUAGAGUAAGAAAGAAAUUAUAUUUUAUGUGAUUUUGGUGCUCUUUGCAUUCCCUAGUGGUUGUUAGUGGAACUAAUCCAACAAACUUUACGUUCUACAUACCAGAUUGUUGGCAUGUGUCUUACUCAUCCAACCCAAAUGGGUUUGCUGUGCUCUGUGGCUCUAAGUAAGUGACAGUGAAAUUGACCAGUGGAAGAAGGUUACUGCUGAGCACCAUGCAAGGGUUAUAAAACAAAGUUAAAUAUGUCCACAUGGGAAGAAACACUGGUGAGACCUCCCUUGGAGUAUUGUACGCAGUACUUGAGACCGUAUUUCCAGAAGGAUAUUGAUACCUUAGAGAGGGUUCAGAGAAGGGCUACUAAACAGGUUCAUGGAUUGCAGGAUGAAACUUACAAGGAAAGGUUAAAAGAUCUUAACAUGUAUAGCAUGGAGGAAAGACGAGACGGGGGAUAUGCUAGAAACAUUUAAAUACAUAAGGGGAAUCAACACAGUAAAGGAGGAGACUUUAUUUAAAAGAAGAAAAACUACCACAACAGGAGGACAUAGUCUGAAAUUAGAAGAGGGGUAAAGGUUUAAAAAUAAUAUCAGGAAGUAGUACUUUACUGUGAGGGUAGUGGAUGCAUGGAAUAGCCUUCCAACUGAGGUGGUAGAGGUUAACACAGUGAACAAGUUUAAGCAUGCGUGGGAUAGGCAUAAGGCUAUCCUAGCUAUAAGAUAAGACCAGGGACUAAUGAAAGUAUUUAGAAAAUUGGGCAGACUAGAUGGGCCGAAUGGUUCUUAUCUUCCGUCACAUUCAAUGUUUAAUAUUAGGGAACAUAGAUAUAUUAACUUACGACACAUACAACAAUUAUGGUAUAAUAUCCCUCUUAAAUAUACCUUUCUAUUUAAAUUGGAACUGAGUGAAAUUGUUCCCUGUAAUCAAUUUUUUUCUGAUUUAAUUUAAAGGGGAUCGUGGGGAGGUUGGAACACCAGGAGCACCACCUCAUAUAAAGCCCGAAAUGAUGAUGGAAGUGAAAGGGGCAAAAGGAGAACAGGGUAUCGAUGGGUUUAAAGGAUUCUCUGGAGAUAAAGGUAAGCCCUCCUUUUAGUGAUUUUACAGUAAAAUGCAUUUUUUAGGAAUUCGCUAAAAUAAUUUUUUAAGCACACCAUGUAAAUGAACACUUUAGGCACAAUAACAACCACUACAGCGUAGGAGUGUCCUGGCAACCCCCAAUGUAAGUAGUUAAACUAUUGAGUAACAGUUUGUCUUCUUACCUGGGGGGUCAGGAGAUGUCCACUUCCUCCUCUCAGCCAGAAGCUCUCCACUCUGAGCUAAGCUCAGUAUUGCAAGGCUUAAGGCUGAGAGUUAUCAGCUGAUGUACUGAUCAAAUGAGCUGGCCUUGUACUGCAGGGUUUAAGUUAGGAGAGCUAACUACAACUAAGUGAUUCUAUUGACCAGGCUUGGUAUAAAAUUGAGGCAGCCAGACUUGGUUUAGAUAAUCUUGAAUUCCUCUUAUGGAGAGAGGCAAGUCAGAAUAAGCAGUUGUGCGAGAUUGGUUCUCAUUUUCCUUUGUCUCUAUCACAGACAUUAAAAGAAUGGACUAAUAUAAAGAAGAAGUUGAAUAUUAACAAAAAACUAUAUGAGAACCUGAGUCUAAGGUCGUUAAAACGUUUUAUGCUAGAGAUAAAUCUGACAAAUUGGUUUAAAGAUCCUAAUCAUAAGAUAAAAGAUCUUUAUAAUGAUCAUCAUUUGAAAAGCUUUGAGGUUUUGAAAAAAUGGUUAGAUUUACCCUCUAGAGAAUUUUUUAAUUUUCUCCGUAUUAAGAGCUAUUUGAAAGAUAACAUAUUGGUAUUAGACGACCGUUUUGGAAAAUUGUUUAGGAAAAAUUUUUCAGGGUGUAAGGUUAAAAAGAUAUUCUCUAUUGCAGUUGAACUAAUAAAAACUAAGGGGACUCCAUUUAUCCCCAAAGCCUUAACCAAAUGGGAAACUGACCUAGCAAUAUCCAUUCCAUUUAAUAGUUGGUGUAAAUCCUUUAUGAAGACUAAAAAAAACAUUAAUUGUCUGAAUAUUCUAGAGACUUUCACUAAAAUAUUGUAUAGAUGGUAUCUGGUACCGACUAGACUCGCUAAAGUUUCUAUUACUAACCCAUCUAACUGUUGGCGGUGUCUACACCCAGAUGGCUCUAUGUAUCAUAUAUGGUGGACCUGCCAUCGAAUUAAGUCUCUCUGGAAUAUUACAUUUGAUUUUAUAUAUAGAAUUGGAGGUAUACAUCUGGAACACAAACCGGAAAUUGCCCUACUCCAUCUUAUGGGCUUUGAAAUAAAGGAUAAUCUCGAUAUUGUGAUUAUACACUGUUUAAUGGCUACCAAAAUAUUAAUGGCUAGAUUUUGGAAAAACACUGACAUUCCUACUAGAGAUCAAGUUAAAGCCCAACUCUUAUUCCAAGUCGAGAUGGAAAAGGGACUAAUUUAUAUGAGAGACUAUCCCAAUUUUAAUAUUUUGACAUUUUAUUCCAGUCUUGUUGAAAAAAUUAAAGGGCUUUAAUGAGUUUGAGGCGGUCGGGCUACUCUCUAUGAUCAUCUUAUGCCUUGUAACGGCACCCUCAGCAUAAAAGGGUUAAACCGCCGUUUAGUAGAUCUUCCCCUUCCAGAAACACAGGCACAGCUACUGCAGAACACCAAUCCGCCGAACAGGAAACCAUACGAAUGCUGUAAACAGCAGUCAAACUGGAACAGCAUACAGUAAAUCCCCCCAAGAACGAGACAAAGCUCCGUGUUGAGGGUCAAGCAGUGAACAGACAGAGCUGUGGGUUUAUUGUGCUUAUGUACACAUUCUUACACAUUAGUACCACCCACAGGGUUUUGGAACACAACCAAUAAACACAUACAAUACACUCAGACACUCCCACACAAAUUCCUCCCCUCUGCAUGUGAUUCAAUUACCUUACACAAUGGGUAAUGUAAUUUAGCACAAGCAGAGAAAUACAAUUUUUCCACAUUAUUCAUAACUUGAAAAGUAUGCAUCACAUUCACAUAAAACAUUUUCAGAAUCAGCAUACUCCAAAUACAAACAUACGUCAAAAUCAUACAAAUUGGUCCAGUGGUUCAAAAGAUAGAUCGUAGUCCUUUGUGACCACAGGAAGCAUGGCUUUUCUGCCCAAAACCAGUUCCACAGAGUCUUCUAUCCUGGAGAUAAUUAGAAGUAAUCCAAUUAUCUCCAAAGACAGAGGCAAAACUCCAUUGAACACAUGGCAGCAAAAAGACAGUAAAAUACAAUAAAAUACACAAGGUUACAUUUAUGACAUAAAAUACAGACAUGCAACAUAUGCCCAGAUAGCUUAGGUCUAAGCGCACAUUAUUACUGAAUGGCGCUCAGAGCACAUACAUACAGUUCAAUUGCCAUGGAGCCAAAGUCUUUCCCAUAGUCUUUCAUUAUACGAAUGGGCUCCACGGCAUAGCUAUCUGGGGUAUUACUGCUCAAACAGGGCAAGCACCAAAUGACCCGGCUUUCAUGUCUUCGCAGGGAAAAUUAAAGCGUUUCAACAUGGGGUCAUAGUCUAAAGGCAGCAGGCGAGCAACCAGGCUUCUCCAAUGCAAUGUGGCGAGAUUGGUCUCGUCACAUGCCUAACCGAUGAUAUCACAGCGGGCACUAUUAUGGGGUUCCUCGACCACACAUCUGAUAUUAGCUAAUGUAAUACUGGAACUUUUUUUUUUCUCUUUUAUAUCUCUGCAAUAUAUUUAACCAGUUUUGUCCUUGUUACUGUCUGUUUUAUCCACAUAGGAUUUAAGGCCGUUUUUAGACCAUGAUAUUCCCUCUCUGGGAUAUCAAUCUUAGUAUAGUACUGUGUAUUAGACGGCGUAUCUCUGAUGUAAUUUAAAAUAGAUCAAUAUACCUUUGUAUGUCUAGUGGGGAUAGGAGUUCCUAUUUUUCUUUCUGUAUGGCUCCUUCCCCCAAAUGUUGUUCUGUCUAUCAAUAUGUCUAUAAAAAUUUAAUAAAAAUAAAUUUAAACUAAGUUAGGAGAGCUAAUGGAAGCACCUAAACAGGACCUACCAGCUUAUCUGUAGGCUGAUUAGAGGUGGGGAGCUAGGGCACUCCUUUGCCCACACCCAUUAGAGUGUCUGGUAGUUAUUAUUGUUCUUGGGGUGUUCAAACUCUGUCACUUCAGUUGUUGACUGCAAUUCACAAUGUAACCAGACAAAUGCUAGAAUGUUAUUUUCUAUUUACCAAAAGCAGGGCCGGACUGUGAAAAAAAUUCGGCCCGGGCAUUUUUCAAUCACAGCGGCCCGCUGAGAUGGGGGCGGGGCCAGAGAGGGUGUGUUUUGUCAUCACUAAUGACAAGCACACCCCCUCUCAAAGUGAGUAUGUUAGUUCAAUGUGCAGAGCCCCGCUGAAGAGCUCUAGCAUGGGAAAAAGGUCCUGUAUUUGUUCCUUGCAGUGCAAGCAAAUGUAAUAACAUGCUUGCACUGUGUUUGCUUUUAACUUGUCUCUGGUUUCUCAUAAGUGGGAUACCAGAGGACAAAAGGGCCAGGAAAGCGUAUGGUGCAUGUGUUUGGAGCCUGCUUGUGGGAUUGCGUGUGUGUAGAGUGAGCUGAUUGUGGUGUGGUAUUGUGUAAAUAUGUCAAUUUUAUUCGUGUUUGUGGUGUAAUAUGUGCGGCUAGGGGCUGUAGAGAGUGUGUGCAUAGGGGGCAUAAUGUGUAUAUGGGAUGUAGCAAGUGUGUGCAUACGUGCUGUAGUGUGUUUGUGUGUGUAUAGGUGAUGUAAUGUGUGUAGGGGUUGUAGAGAGUGUGUUUAGAGAAUGCUGUGUGUGUUUGCUUACAAGGAAUGCAGUGUUUGCAUAGGGGAUCCAGAGUUUGUAUGUCAGGAAUGUAGUGUGUGUAGGUGGCGCAGUGUAUCUUGUGUGUAAAGGACCCAGAGUGUGUAUAGGAGAUUGUGUGUAUGUGUGUGUGUGUAUGUGUGUAUAGAGUGUAUAUAGGGUAAGGGAUCUAGCGUGUAUCUGGAGUGUAAUGUGUGUAGUGGUGCAGUGUGAGGGGUGCUGUGUGUUUGUGUGAAGCGUGCAGCAUGUGUGUGAGGAGUGCAGUGUGUGUGUGUAAGAGGGGUGCUGUGUUUGUGAGGGUGUUCUUAUCUACUGUCACAUUCUAUGAGUGAGGGUGCUGUGUGUCUGAGGGUGCUCUCUGUGUCUGAUGGUGCUGUGUGAGUAAGGGUGCUGGCUGUGUGAGUGAGGGUGUUGGCUGUGUGUGUGAGUGUGCUGUGUGUCUGAGGGUGCUGUGUGUCUGAGGGUGCUGUGUGAGUAAGGGUGCUGGCUGUGUGAGUGAGGGUGUUGGCUGUGUGUGUGAGGGUGCUGUGUGAGUGAGUGUGAUAUGUGAGUAAGGGUGCUGGCUGUGUGAGUGUGCUGUGUGUGAUUGUGUUGUGUGUGUGAGGGUGAUGUGUGUGAGUGCUCUUAGUGUGAGUGUAAAUAUGUUUAUAUAAAUAUGUAUUUUUUUUUGUAUUAAAAAAAAAAACUUUAUAUCUCCCCCUCCCUUCUUACCUUUAGCUUGGUAGUGGGGGUGAGAGGAGCCAUCCUGCCAUGGAGUGGGGAGCCAUGCUGCCAUCCCUGGUUGUCUCAGUGUUGAGAGUGAAAUCUAGCCUGCAGGGUUAGAGUUCACUCUCACGAGAUCUGAGCGUUACCGCAGCAACGCUCAGACCUGCAAGAGGAAACCGGCGUAGCUGCUGGCUAGAGCUCCCCAGGUCCUCUCCUGCCUCCCUCCCUCCCCAGCCAGUGGCUGCAAAUCAGUGCCUCUGGGCCAGUGAGGGAAAUCUUUGGUUUACCCACCGGCCCAUGGAGGCACACAGCAGGGCCGGCGCUUGGAUAGCGCAGGCUCUAUAUGGGCCAACAAGGGAGAUCCUGUGAUCUCCCCUGCCGGCCUCGGCCCACGGCCAUCGCGGCCCACAGGGCAUUUGCCCGGAAUGCCCAAUGGCCAGUCCGGGCCUGACUGAAAGUAUGAGUGUAAUAUGAGUUCCAAUCCUCAAAGCACAACAUUUCAAGUUUUGUCCUGAAUUCACAAAGGAGCAGAGAAACGAGAAAUGGUUGACACUAAAUCCUGAACUAAUGAUAUACCUGAUAAUUAGAUUGGGAACCACUGUUCUAGAGAAUGAUUCAAUCUUGAAUUAACCCCAACCACAACAACUUUUGAUCAAUGCAGCUGAUUAAAAUGCAUUUAACUGUAAACUACAGUAACAUACAAUCGUAUACUUCAUGAGCCUAUGGAGAUAACAAUUGCAAAAUCAAUAUUAUUAAAAUACUACCAAUAAAAACUUUCACAGCAAUUCUAAAAAUAUUUUUUUAUGGGUGGGAGUAAAAAAUAUCAGGAAAUAUAUAUUUUUUUUAUUAUUUCACUAAACAUUUUGCAGUGUAGCCAAGAAUGUUGUUAUUGCUCCUCUAUACUCAUUCAUUAAUUCAAAUUCUGUUCUAAAAACAACUUUAAUGUGUGCAGAGAUAAACAGUUAUUGGAGGUUCAUAAAUAUUUUUGUUUUGUUAGGCACUAAAGGGAUGCCAGGUCACCCUGGUAAGCCUGGAGAAUCGGGUUCACCAGGAAUGCCAAGCACUGAAAGUGGUGAUAAAGGAGAAAGUGGACAAAGAGGCUUUGAAGGUCAUCCAGGAGUCCCAGGACAAGUUGGUCCACCCGGCAUUGGUGGAUUUCCUGGAUUUACGGGUCCCAGAGUAAGAUUCUCCUCAAUUAAUAAGAUCUUUUUAAUUCUUUCUAAAGUACAAAAACAUUUAUUUUUGUGCAAUAAAAGGUUUAUAUAUAGCAGGUCCCAUUUAGAAGGGAGAAAAAACGUAGAAGGUAGAAAACAUCCAUACAUACAUAAAGUGAGAAACUAUAAUGACCUUUAAACAAACUUCAGGUACACCAUGGUGUGUUUCCAGAAUAGAUUUUUUCAUUAUUUCAAAAACAUUUAUGGACUUUAUGACUGUAAGUAAUGAUUUUGGCCAAUGUUCUAUAGUUUAUCCACUGACGUUCUAGUCAGCAACUAUCAGGGCUUGGGAAAGAUGUGGUUGAACAUCGAAGGAGCUUUAAUUUCUUUUCAAUAAAGAUUUAACAAGUGUAUCUUAUUGUACAGGUUUAUUACUCCACUACUACAAAUGGAUCAAGUUGUAGAUAUUGAGCUCUUCUUGAAGCAGAGCCAAACUGACAGAUAUAAUACAGUUUGUUCCUAUCUAUAGUGGUUUAAAUGGUUUCACACAAGUGGGAAAGUAUGUAGAAACGCCAUCUUGUUUCUUUAUCCAAUCCAAAUAUAGCUGUUAAAUUGUAUGCAUUUUGUCAUUUUGUAGGGUUCGCAAGGUCUGCCUGGUUUUUAUGGUUUUCCAGGGGAAAAAGGCGUUCUUGGAGAAACAGGUAGGAAUCAGAAACAAUGACAAAUCAAAGUAAUUAGGAUAUUGUGAACUGAAAAUGUAUAUUUGAUGUAUUCUAUGUCACCUGCAGGAGAUCCAGGGGACACUAUAGAUUUACCAGGGGAGAGGGGGUUAACAGGUGAACCCGGUGCUACUGGAUUUCCAGGUAUUUAUUUCAGCUCUAUGUAGAGUGAAUCUGGUUAUUUUUUUUUACCUAUUGAUACUCACAUCAUAAACUGUAAUGCAAUGUAACAUCAUAAAAAUGGUAAAAUAAAAUCUCAGUGUUGAAGCAUUUUCCAUUUGUUUAACAUGAAUUUAUUCCUUAUAUGUGUUCUCAUAGAAAUUCAUCCAGGCUAUUUAAGGUGUUAAUUGUAUGUGUUUGAAAGUAAAUUUCACUUAUUACUAUCCCAUUGCACGAAACCUCCAACUUUUGCAGCUUUAUGCCUCUUGAGAAUCUAUACUAUAAUGUAUAUUUUUUCUAGGAGUGAAAGGAAUAACUGGAGAGAAAGGUACUGUUGGAAAUUUUGGUUUCCCAGGAAUUGAAGGAAUGAAGGGAGAAUCUGGGUCACCGGGACAGACAGGACAACCAGGUACAUUAUGUGACUGUGGAAGUACUAGUGAUAUGUCAGUCGUGGAUCUCUCUUGUUGUCUUUGUUAUUAAUUUGUAUCUCUUAUUAACUUGGUGUCUACAAAUCCCUGUUGUACUGUGUUUCUGUUCCCUGAUUAUUUUAUGCAACUGUUCAGACCUAUUUCUUUUACAAUAGGAUUUCCGGGUCAGCAGGGAUUAAAGGGUUCUCAGGGUGACCAUGGUGUCCCAGGUCUAUAUGGUGAUAAAGGAUACACUGGCAAUCCUGGUUUACCUGGUCUGCAAGGUAAAUAUCUCAAAGCAGUAAUGGAAUUCUUUAAGUAGAAAAGUGUAAUAUGUACACUAGCCUAAAUCCCUAUAACUAUUUAAAUAAAUGGCCAUUAGAUGUUUCUUAAUUUAUAUAAUUCAAUGUGAAUCGCUUUUGGUAAGAUAACAGUUUAUUAGGCCCAUCAAACUGAGGCUUUACAUCUUCUUUCUGGCAUCAAAAAAAUCAUAAGUUUCGAUAGCAGUCUAUUGCAGUUUUCUAUGAUAUCUGAUCUCUUCCCUUUCAUAUGGUUUAUGAUGACUGGAAAUAUUUAUGUGUGUUUAUAUCCACAUACUUCUAAAGCCCUUAUAUGUCCAUGAAGGUUUCCAAGAAUUUAUUCUGCUCUUAUUAAUUACACUUAUAUAUUAUAUUAAGACUAAUUUUUUUUUUUUUGCCAACCAUUUUAAAGCGGUUUCACAAAAAAAAAACAGGGUUCUUCUGGCACUCUAUCCACAGUUGCUGACAUGAUAAUGAUGAAGUGUUUAAUUCUGCAUUAUCCAUCCAAUCUUGCACUAGUGGCAAUAAUAGGCUGUAGAUUUAAUGAUAGGUUGAUCCUUUAAAUUAAAUAAAUGCCCAUUAGGUAGAUGAUCUCUAAGGCAACACAUACUAAUAAAUGCAAUAUCUAAAAUACAUACUGCCUCAUUGAUUCAAUAGGUCUAAUGAUAGUUGUGUAUGUGUUUCUGUGACAGGUUUUCCAGGUUUAAGAGGUGAUACUGGGGAAUAUGGCUUGCAAGGCAAUAAAGGGAUAUCAGGAGAGCCAGGUACAACUUCUGCCAAAACUACUAUCAAAGGUGCUGUCAAUCAAGCACUGCUUCAACUUGUCCAAAAUAAUGGAUCUAUAUGCAAUUUCUCUUAAACAGGACCAGAUAUUAUAGGUGCACAAGGGAUGAAAGGUGCUACAGGUGAGAAGGGUGAACCAGGAGAAUCUAGCACAAUUGGAGGAUUCCCUGGUAAUUCUGGUGCUAAGGGAAGCAGAGGCCACCCAGGUAAGUAAUAUUUACAUAUGAAUAUACAUGUCAUUUUUUUUCAGAUAUGUUUAGAGGAACACUUGAAGCAUCAUAACCACUACUGUGUGUUGUAGAGGUGCCCCCCCCUCCCAUGUAACUAGUCAAACCAUUUGCUAAUAAUUAAACAACGUACCUGGGGUCAGCAAGUUGUCUGUCACUUCCUCCACUGAGAGCCAUAAGCUCCUGCACGGAGCUUUUGUUAAAUCUCCUGAGAUAAGGCCAGCUCGUUCACUGACAAUGUCAGCUGAUUGCCCAGCUGCACCGCUAGACUUAUACCUAUGAAGAGAACUUCUGGCUCUCAGGGAGGAGGUAACUGACACCAAGCAGACCCUAGGUAAGUUUUCAAACCAUUUGCAAACAGUUUCACUACUUAUAUACUUGUAUUGGAGGGGUGGAGAUGCCAUGGCACUCUUGGCUCCAUAACCAGUACAGCAUACUGAAGAAGUUAUGGUGUUUGGCAUACUCUUUUAUGUACUCUUUUAAGAGAGAAAUUAAACUGUAUUAUCCUCCACCAUGAUGUUAUACAUAUGUUUUGUCUAGCUAAAUCGCAUGCAGAAUAUUCCUAACAAUAAUAAUUUAGUUAAAUCUACACUGAUAAUAUAAGUUAAAAAAGCAUGUUUGGUGGAACUGUUCAUGGAAGAAAUUGGUGGCCUUGAUCUGAUAUGAUGACAAUUUUUCUUUAAUACCAACUUACAAGCUUACUCAUAAAACAGCAUCUUUAUUUGUUCUGGAAUUUAUUCUGUAUCACGGAAUUUAUGCUCAUUUGAAUCUUAGGACCUGGCCUUCUUUUGUCUUCUAGGUCUACCUGGCAAUAUUGGUUCUCCUGGCAUUCCUGGACCUCGUGGGCUCCCUGGGUUGUUCAAUAGAUCCGGAAUUCCUGGAGACGUGGGAUUUCCAGGGCCAAGUGGUUCACCAGGUAACAUCUUUGUUUUGCUUUGGCUGUACAUGGGUAGUUAUCAACUCCCUCACAUACAAGACGUAAUCCGAUAUUCAGUGAAUUCACAAUCAUGACCUUAUUAACACUUUUGCUAUGUGUUUAUUCCACCAUAAUCUAACUAUUCUUUUGAGUGAACCAUACAUGUUAUGUAUGGUUCUUUGAAGGGUAUAAAUUGCAUUUAUUUCCUGACACCUUAUUAGCAUACAUAACACAAUGUUAAGCAUGAGUAAAAUAUUGAGAAAUUUUUAAAAAUUUAAAUAAAACUUUUUUUUCAGUUUUCCAUAUUAGAAUUUCUACACGUCUAGUUUUACUGAAAAAAAAAUAAAAUAAGUUAAAAUAUAUUUACUUUUUAGUCCUGAUUGCUGAAAUGCUGCAUAUAUCUAGCAUUUCAACGAAUUUUUGGAAGUUAUAGGACUUAUAUGCAAGGUCUGGAUUGCAGUUCUAAAGCUCGGUCUUUACAAAUGGUUAACUACUAAAAUGUAAACCCACCAGGGUAUAAAAAUACAAGCUUUUUGACACCUUCAUUAGUAUUAUUUUAUCACCAACAUUUGCCAAAUGUGCUGGUAAUAUUUAAAUCAGUACAAAUAACAAUAAAGGAAGCUUUAUCCUUUUACACAGAAACUUCUAAUAAUCCAGCAGUGUCUAAUACCUGCAGCAGAAACAAUAAUAUAUCUGUUCAUAUGCUACUAUUAUCUGGGCUUUAGCAAAAUACAUAACUAAGGUCUUUACAGAAAUAAUAAACGCAGGGUCUGCAAAAUUCCCCAUGAAAAUGAAGUACGUAAAAAAUAAAUAAAAAAAAAUAACAAAAUUAAAGAUAAAAUAAAACAUAUAAUAUAUAUCACAUAACUCAAACAGUAAGCAGCAAUAUGUUAAUGCUAAUGCUUUCAAUUUCUAGCCCAAGAAGAACAGAAAACAAUCAAAAGGAAGUUGUGCCCUUUUACAUAGAAGCUUAUACUAAUAAUGAAACAGUCCCUAAUAUGAACAAUAAUGUAACAAUUCAACAGCUGAAAAAAUAAGCAAUAAUGUAACAGUUAUCAAUGGUAUACGAUGCAAUCGGUGCAAUUAUGCUAUGUACGCUUUCAAAUCGAAGAUACCAGGCUGGCUGCAAGUGAGAGAUGUAUGAUUGAUGGAGGAUGCUGUCUGAGCAACUGCUUGCGAGGGGCAUCUCUGAAAGACUAUUUCUUUGAGCUCUCAUAAAUAGCCCAAUCUACACUUUUAACUGCCAAAGUAUAGUGUGUGUGUUGUUGAUCACCAAAGGUAUAACAAUGUAACAGUUGAUCACUACAUACACUGUAAGGGUGUGCUGUAAGCACUAUAACUACCACAGCUGAUUUUCUAGUACAAAGACUCUGUGGGUGCCAUCCCUGUCGACUUGUGCCAAAACUUCUUUAAUUAAUUUGAUACAAAAUGAGGCUCCCUUGUCACUUGAUACAUUGGCCCCUCUGAUGUGGCUGUGCUAAUGCAGAAAUUUGCUAAUGCUAACGCAGAAAUUUGCUUCAUUAGACUACCCAUAUUUUGGGUAAAAGUGAUAGGAUGCUGGCACAUGCCCAGCACUUUUAGUGAGCAAGUCUUGCUAUGAUAAAAAGUACCUAUUUCUGUAAACCAGAAUUUUCUGGGAUGAGUAUCCACUAAUGUACAGUUUUUCAAUAAACUCCACGCACCAUGACCACUCCCACCACUACAGCCCACUGUAGCUCUUAUAAUGCCAGGGGAGCCCUGGCAUCCCUGAAUUGUAUGUAGACAAACCAUUUUGACUUCUUACCUAGGGUUUGCGGUGCACUGCUCUCUAACGUCACUACUGCUGACAGAGCUAGAAGCUCCUGCUUAGGGGAUUCUUUUAGCUCUUCUGAGAUAAGCCCUGGCGUGCAGGGAUAGUUCAUUGGCUGAGAUUAUCAGCUCAUUGCUCUCAGUCUAUGAACUAAACCUUGCACCACCAGGCUUAGCUCAGAGAGCUUCUGACCCUGACGUAGUUGAGGCAUGGACCAGUGCCCAGUGGACCCCAGGUAAGAAGUCAAAUCAUUCUAAUUUGGUUUGACUACAUAAAAUGGUUUGACGACUUAAAGUGCACAAUUGUGAAUGUGGCGGUUAGAGCAUUGAUUCAAUAAAUAAAUACAAGUUACAGACACUCCUCACUUACCGUCCGGGUUCCGUUCUUCCGUCCCGGUCAUUAAACUAGUUGGUCGGUAAGUGAGGAUGCACUUGCGAGCAUGUGCAAGAGAGCAGGUCUACGUUCGGGUCAAUUCCCUUGAACAUAGACCAGUUCACUAGUGCAGGGAAUCGCUAAAAUCCAUGUUCCGGGAAAAUUCCCCAACAUAGACCAACUCUCUAAAGUGGGGACUUCCUUGAAUCCCCACGCUACAAUGCUGGUCGUAAGUGCGAGCCGUUGUAAAACAGGUAUAAAUUACACAAUCACAUGUUAAUUUUUGGCUUAAAGAAUUACAGUUAAUGAACGGCAAGAAAAGGAGAGUUUUGUUUCUUGGUUUUGGUUUAUUUGUGGUGCAUUACUUUACAAUAUGCAAUACUAACCAUUUCUUUGACUUCUAGUUUACUGAUCUAACUGAAAUUUAUUUCAGGUUCACCUGGUCCACGGGGUAUUCCUGGUCUGUCCUCCUGGCCAGGAAGAAAAGGAGAAGAAGGAUUAGUAGGCCUACAGGGAAAUUUUGGAUUCAAAGGAGUCCCUGGCGAUGUUGGUAAACCGGGAGAGACUGGAAUUACUGGUGUUUCUGGACUAAAGGGUACAGUGAAUGUUUCUAUUUACAGCUCAUGGCUGCUUUGUUUUGCAUCAAAGUACACUUUUAAAAUGUCCAUGUAUCUGUUAUAUCCUCAGGUCAAAACGGGGACCAAGGAGUUAUGGGGUUUACUGGUGUCAUUGGACCAACUGGGGACAGGGGACCUAAAGGACCCAAGGGUGACACAGGGCCUACUGGUAAGUGGCAAUAUUACUAUUACAGUGUGCUUGCUUGCCAUUUGUAGAUCAAUAAUAGAUCUUCAGUCAGCUUACUUUGCCAAUGGAGGAUAAUGUCAGGAAUACUGCCAAAUGUAUACAGGAAAUCAUACAUCCCAAGUACCCCUAUAAGAAAAAUAGUGGAGCAGAGCAAAAAAAAGGGGGUGGGGGGUGGGAAAUGGAUAAAACUAGAGAGGCAGCUAGUCCAAUUAGGAAAAUACAUCUAACCUAAAUAUGUGGAAAAAUAUUCAGAAAAGGGGGACAGCGCUUUCUCUAAUAUAGACAUACCCUCUGUCAAAUAUGUGAACAACUGAGUUGCGUAUCAUAACCUACAAAAAAUAUUCAACUUUUUGUACAAAGAUAACAACCAACAAAACUUAAAAAUGUAAUUUAUUGAUCCUCGCAUGUAUAAAAUUCUUUAUAGCAAUGUUUGCAAUUUAUGUUAAUACAAAAAACAAAAUCCCAUGGAGAGACACAGUUAUAAUUAAAUCAGCCAAGUGCAAGCUAUAUAAACACUCCCUCCAGUGUUUAAAUAUCCAAAUAUAUAUAUGAGAAACACAAGUCACUAACUCCCCCAACAUUUCGGCACCAACUGGUGCCUGACAGGUACCCUUGAUAAAGGCUACCAGCCGAAACGUUGGGGGAGUUAGUCACUUGUGUUUCUGCCUUGGGGCUCGUAAGAAUUUUGUGGUAUAUAGGUGUAUGUCACUUGAUUAUUGUGGCUGUUAUAGUGUACGUCUUAUAUUUUAUUUAUAUAUAUAUUUGUAAUUUAUGUUAAUAUCAUUAAAAAAAACACACAAACAUUUAAAACUGAAAAAAAAAGCAAAUAUAAACAUUUUUUUAAAAUGAAUACAUUUAAUUAUAAUAGAUCAAUAGAAGAAAAAAGUACCGGGACUUGCACUUCCCUGUCAUAACGUCCAUUGUCCACUGUCAGGCUCUCCAGCAGUUUCUGAGGUAGUUUAGUAAAAAAAAAAAAAUUGUUUUACUUCCCUUUGGUGUGUGAAGCAGGAUAGUGAGAAGGUCUUUUCCAGUAGCAACCUUGUCUCAAACUAGGCUUUGUCAAUGAUACACAGUAACAGAAUGCAGAUGUUACUGCUAGUCACAUGUUGCUCAGUUUAUAUUUAAUUGGUUGGAAGUUAAUCGCUAGUAUGCUAGUAUUAUUCAGUUCACCUGUUCACCUAAGAGCCUGUUUUAAGUCAAUUACCUUCUCUAGUCAGUGUGAACUUGAUUUUGUCAAAAAUAAAACCAGUCAUGAGGCUUUACAUAUGUGCCCAAGAAGUAGCUAUAUUCCUGUGUUGGCCAUCUGAUAUAUUUUAUUUUUAUUUACUUCUUCUCUCCUGAAAAUGUCUAUGGGAAUUAAAAGGAUACACACUUGUUGUUUUUUUCUACUCCUUAUGACCAAAUUGUUUAGUUUGGUUUUUGUUGGUAAUUAAAAAUGUAUCUCAGUCAGAUUUGGUUCUGAUUCAUUUUCUUUUUUUUUUUUUACUUUUCCCUUCUCCUUUCCCCUUCCGUUUUCCUUUCCUUUUAUACUUUAGUGCCAAAUUAUAUUCCAUUAAUAUACCAUGUCUUCACUAUUAUUAUUAUUAUUAUUAUUGCCAUUUAUAUAGCGCCAACAGAUUCCAUAGCGCUUUACAAUAUUAUGAGAAGGGGGAUUUAACUAUAAAUAGGACAAUUACAAGAAAACUUACAGGAACAAUAGGUUGAAGAGGACCCUGCUCAAACGAGCUUACAGUCUACAGUCCACACUAUCAACACUUGUAUGUGUAAAUAAUUGUUGUAAUUCAUUAAAAAAGAAAAAACAACAAAAAACUAAGAAACCAUUCAAGAUUAUAGACAGAUCUAGUUUUUCACUACAGAGUAGUUAUUGGUCCAAUAAACGACAAAGUGCAAAUUCUACAUUUAGACCAUUCGGUUGUAGUGUGUUUAAUAGGAAGAUCCACUAAAUUUCUUUUCUACCAAGUUCCCUAAUAUGGUCCCCUCCUCUCCAAUUUUUUGUCACAUGACAGAUAGCUUCAAAGUCUAGGAGACUGGCAUCAGCGUCAUGCAUUUCUGCAAAAUGUGCCGAUACUGAGUGCUGAGGGCUGAGUGCUCACAAUAGUGAUGUUGUGCAUAUGUUCACGUAUUUUGGUGGUGAGUUUUAUGGUGGUUCUAUCCACGUAUUACAGUCCACAUGGGCAUCUGAGGACAUAUAUUACAUUACUGUUAUCACAUGCGAGGAAAUAUUUUAUUUUGAAAGUUUCUUUUGUAUGUGUCGAAGCAAUCUUUGGACACCUUUAAGAGUUUUCCUUUUAAUGUUCUUCCAAGAAAUGCAAUUGUUGUUUCUACAAAAGCCUUUCUUCCUACUUCUGGUAUUCAGUUUCUUCAUUGGAACUUCUCUAUGACUUCUUAUUAAUUUGCUUUUAAUGUUUUUUGCGCCUCUGAAGUUAUUGCUCGGUUUAAACUGAAUGUUCUUCUGUAGAAUCUUGUCUUUCCUUAGCAGAUUCCAAUGUCUGUUAAUUAUUCAUUUUAGGAGCACAAUUUCUUGAUUAUAAUCAAGAAAAAAUGGGGGGAUAUUAUUCUGGAUAUUUGAUUGUCAUAGUGGAUCUUCCACUUCCUUUAUUGCUGUGAUCAGUUCCUCUUCUUUAAAUUAUUUUUCUAAGAAUUUGUUUCAUGAUCUCUGCUUGUUCCAAGUAUACUUCUUUGUCUGUACAAUUGUGCCUUAGUCUCUUAAAUUCAUUAUUAGGUAAGUUUUUCAGCCAUGGUGGGUAGCUCUUCUUUAGGAUAAAGCUGUUAACAUCAACCUCUUUUUUUUUAAAAAAGUCUUUUUUCAGUUCUUCUUUUUUCGUUUAUAUAUAAAAGGUAUGAUUCUACUGAUAUCUUGCUGUGUGUAGUUGUUAGUUUCACACCCAAAGUGUUUUAAGUUCAAAUAUUUUAAGAAUUACUCUAAACUAUUACUCUCUUCUUUCCAGAUGAGAAUGAUAUCCUCUAUGUAUCUUUUAUAUACACUGAUGUUGUCUCUCCACUUAUGAUCUUUUCACACAUGAAUAAGUUUGCAAAGCUGGGGCAAAUUCUGUCCCCAUCGCCAUUCCUUUCUUUUGUAUGUAGUAUUUGUCUUCAAACCAGAAGUAGUUGUGGUUCAGAGUAAAUUCUAUUCCUUUCGCGAUGAAUUCUGAGUGUCUUCCAGUUUUUUGGCUGAUUGAAGUGCAUUGUAUACGGCAUUACAUGCUUGUUCAUGAUCUUUUAUAGUAUAGAGUAAUGUCACAUCUGCCACUACUAAAUAGUGCUCUGAAGACCAUCUGAAAUUUUGUAUCGUAUGAGAAGAUUCUUACUUGAAAAAUCCCACCAGCAUUGUAAAUACAAUACCUUCUCACUCAGAAGAUAUUACCAGCAUUAUAAAUACAAUACAAAAUUUAAAAUGGUCUUCAAAAUAAGUCAUAGAGACUCAAUGAAGAAACUGAAUACCAGAAGUAGGAAGAAAAACUUUUAUGCAUGCAACAAUUGCAUUUCUUGCAAGAACACUAAAAGGAAAACUCAUAAAGGUGUUAGGGAACUUGGUAGAAUAGAAAUGGAGUGGAUCUCCCUUUUAAAGACGCUACAACCAGUGCUAUAUUUUGGAUCUCUGCUGCCCUAGGCAUGACGGAACUUAGGUACACCCUAAUUUAAAUUUGCCCUUUCCCUUCUUGUCAAGACCACACUUCUUCCCGUUAAAGACCAACAGACACACACGGACCCACCCACUCAGUGAUAGUCACACACGCUCAGAUACACUGACAAGCACACUUUGGAGCAUCAUUUUUUGCCGCCCCCUGGAAAGUGCCACCCCAGGCAAAGGCAUUGUUAGCCUUGUGGUAAAUACAGCGCUGGCUACACCCAAGUGGUCUAAAUGUAGAAUUUUUACUUUGUCAUUUCUUGGACCAAUAACUAUUUUUUUUUCUCCCUACCCCCUUUUCAUUUUUAAAGAACUACAACAACAAUUAUUUACACAUACAAGUGUUGAUAGUGAAGACAUGAAUAUAUGGUGUAUAUUAAUGGAAUAUAAUGGAACUAAAGUAUAAAAGGAAAGAAAAAGGGGAGGGGAAAGGAGAAGGGAAAAGUAAAAGAGAGAAAAUGAAUCAGAACCAAAUCUGACAGAGAUAAAUUGAACAAUUGUGUGAAUAGGCAAAAAUAUAGGAUGCGCCAAUGGAGAAAUAAACACUUCUUUUGGAUCAACAGCAAAAACAAAUGUGAGGAAGGCUGAACUUGAUGGACGCAAGUCUCUUUUCAGAUAUAUAACUAUAUUUAGUGUUUAUUUCUCCAUUGGCACACCCAAUAUUUUUGCCUAUUCACACUACUGUUUUGGAGAGAAUUUUCCCUUUUUAGGUGUACUGCCCUCUCUCCUUUGUUUUAUAGCGCUGCCCCACCUUCUCUCUUUUCAUAAAUUGAACAAUUACCAACAAAAACAAAACUAAGAAAUUUUAUCAUACGGAGUAGGAAAACAAAACAUGUAACCUUUUAACUCCCACAGACAUUUGUAGGAGAGAAGAAGUAAAGAAAACAUAUAUCAGGUGGCAGACACAAUAAUAUAGCUACGUCUUGGGUGCAUGAUACGUAAAGCCUCAUUACUUUUUUUUUCUGACGAAAUCAAGGUUACGCUGACUAGAGAAGUUAAUUGAUUUAAAACAGGCUCCUAGGUGAACAGGGGAACUGCAUAACACAAGCAUACUAGCAACCAACCAAUUAGAAAUAAACUGAGAAACAUGUGACUAGCAGUAACAUUUAUAAAGACACUUGCAACAGACAAAGCCUAGUUUAUGGGGAAAUGUGUUUGAGACAAGGUUGCUACUGGAAAAAGACAUUCUCACUUCCCUGCUUUACUCACCAAAAGGAAGUAAAAACUAUUUUUUUUCCAUUAAACUACAUAAGAAACUGCUAGAAAGCCUGGCAGAGGACAGGGAAGUUCAAGUCCCAGUAUUUUUUUCUUAUAUUGAAUUUUUAUAAUGAUGUAAUAUUUCUGCAGUUUGUUUUUUUUUAACGAUAUUAACAGAAAUAGCAAACAUUGUUAUAAAUACUGGCCUUAUAUAUAUGCAAGGAUCAAUAAAUUAUAUUUUGAACUUUUGUUCGUUGGUUGUAAAAAGUUGAAUUUUUUUGUGGAACGCAGCUGACUUGUUCUCAUAUUUAUUGACAGAGGGUAACCCUCUUUUAGGGCAGCGUAGUCACCUUUUUCUGUACAUAGUAUUUUGGGCACAAAUACCCUUGUCCCUCUUUUCUAUAGUAAUGUCCUUCUUUUCUAGGAACUCUAUAUUGUUGGUGUGUCUGAGUGUAUAACAGAGCUCCCAGCAAUAACACUCCCAGUAAUGUGUCUUUAAACUGCUAUAAAUGUGUUUAGAAAUCAGUCUGUGUAAAUAAGACACAUUGCUCUAGUUCUAAAUUACAUUUUAGUUGCUUAAAUUAUUAGUAAGUCACCUAAAAUUCCUUAGAGCAGCCCCACCCCUGACCACACCCCUAAAAUUCAAGCGUUCCUCUUUGUCAAGUUGAAAAGUUGGGAGUAUGGUAUAUGAGCCACAUUGUGAGAGAGCAAUUGGCAGGUCCUCCAUAGCUCUACCCCUCCACUUUUUUUUUAUUCUAGUGAGUGGGGUCUGUGAUGUCACAUCUGUCACAUCACCCACCCACCCACAAACUCUGUUCAUUAGGAGGAUAUCGAGGAAAAAGCAGUAAUAAGUGUCACUGCACAUUACCACCAAUCGUGGGGAUAAUCUAUAGUGGGCAGCCUUCUAACUGCCGCAUAACAUAUAUAAAUAGAUCAAAUGGUGCUGGUCAAAUUGAUCUGCACCAUUUUGGAAAAAAAUAUAUAUAAUACAUAUACACAUUAAAAGCUGGCGGCUGUCAGGACAACUGCAGCUAUUUUGGCCUAAAACUUUAAAUUCAUGUUGAAUUCCUGACAAUUCACAAUUUAGUAAAUAACAUACCCUUAUACACAUGCUGCAUUUGAAGUGCAAAUCACAUUAAACGUCUAUAAAGUACCAUGAAGGUACACAUUAACUGUAUAUAAAUUAGCAAACAUAAAUAAAGUUCCCAUUCCUUUUAAAAGGAUUGCAAGGUGCUCCAGGAGCAGAAGGAGAGCUUCCAAAGCCCAUGCAGAUGAUAGUGGACAGAGGACUUCCUGGGGUACAUGGAAUUGUUGGUCCUGAAGGAACGCGAGGUGAAAGGGGACCUAAAGGUCCUCCCGGAGAUCAAGGUAUGCUUAUAUUAAUAAUAAAAUCAUUUUUCUAGAAUUACUUAGACAACAUAGUAUUGCUUUUCUGUCACAUGCCACAUGUUUUUCUGUCUUUUUAGGUGUGCGAGGUGACCGUGGUAGAGAAGGACUGCCUGGCAGACAAGGCUGGCCUGCUACACCUGGCUAUCGAGGAGAAGAAGGACUAAUAGGACAAAGAGGGCCAGUGGGUUUUGAAGGUGAAUAGGGUUGGUGGUAAUGUGCAGGUGGUAAUAUACGCUAUAUAUAUAUAUAUAUAUAUAUAUAUAUAUAUAUAUAUAUAUAUAUAUAUAUAUAUGUUUUUUUUUGAGCAUUUCAUAGUAAUGUUUCUCAGGAGCAAAAAUUGAUAUGCUCAUUUCCAUUCACAGUAAAAUAUUAUUUGGACUGAGAACGCAACAUUAACUUUGUAUUUAACAUCUCCCCAUAGUAAUUAUACCCUACCAGCUACUAAAGAAAAUGCAUGGCCUCACCUAUCUUGACAUUGGAAAUCUAACUGCAUCUACAAUAUUUAUUUUACGGCAAGAAAAAUUAAUGAAGAGAGCAUGGCAAUAAUAUCUUAAGCUAAUUUUAGUCAUUAUUUUUACUGUGACACAUUGGAAAUCUAUUUUUUUAACAUUAGGAUGACAGUAAUUAGAUGCAUGUGUCUGUGCAGGAGCUGUAAUACUGUCUAUGUUUUUCAGGUACCCCUGGUCCACCAGGGAAUGUAGGACUACCCGGUAUGCCUGGAAGAAGUGUCAACAUUGGUUAUCUUCUAGUAAAGCACAGCCAGACUGAUCAAGAACCAAUGUGUCCUGUCGGCAUGGCCAAGCUCUGGAGUGGAUACAGUCUAUUAUACUUUGAAGGGCAAGAAAAGGCACACAACCAAGACUUGGGUAUUAAUAUACUUACUGUUAUUUUACAGAAAAAAACAUAUUCACCAAAGUUGUAUGUUGUGUACACUUUUGAAACAACAUAAUUAAUUUUAACUAUUGUGGUGUAUGCAGAUUCACCUGUCUUAGACAUACAAGAAAACACAAACAUUCUUUUAUGAUAUUCUGUCAGUCGUUACACUGGUUUCCUGUAAAAUAUAGGGCUCAAUUUAAAAUUCUGGUGCUUGCUUAUAAAUCUCUACAUAACAUUGCUCCAACCUACCUAUCCUCACUAAUACACAAAUAUGCCCCGUCAUGCCCCUACGCUCUGCCAAAGAUAUGCAUCUAUUCUCUGUUCGUACUCGCACCUCUGACGCCCACCUUCAAGAGUUCUCUAGGACUGAGCCAUUCCUAUGGAACUUCCUUCCGUGCUUCGUUAGACUCUCACUAAGUCUCAGUUCCUUCAAUAGAUCAUUAAAAACUCACAUCUUUAGGAAAGCAUAUCAAUUAAACUGUUUAUAGCAGACUUCCCUCCUUGUUCACCUACCCUGCUUCCUCUCCAAUGAACUUCACUGUAAACUAUUCUAGUGACCUAUUUUUACCCAUACAUGGAAUAUAUCCUACCCUUACCCCAUGUUCCACUUUACCCCACUCCCUCUAGAACGUAAGCUCAUUUGAGCAGGGCCCUCAACACCUUCUGUUCCUGUGCAUCCAACUCGUCUUGUUUCAAAUACUAGUCUGUUAGUCCACCUAUUGUACAAUGAUGUGGAAUUUGUUAGCAGUUUAUAAAUAAUAAUAAUAUUUACAGGAUGGUACCAUUAUUUAUCAAGCGGCACAUGCCUGUUUGAUACUUAUAUAUGCUGAAAAUAAGGGUGGGUGUGUGGUUUGUUUUUACAGGUUUAGCUGGGUCGUGUUUGCAACGUUUCAGUACAAUGCCUUUCCUAUACUGCAACCCUGGUGACGUGUGUUACUAUGCCAGCCGGAAUGAUAAAUCCUACUGGCUCUCAACCACUGCACCUCUUCCCAUGAUGCCAGUGGUUGAAGAUGAGAUUAAACCGUACAUUAGCCGCUGUUCUGUAUGUGAGGCCCCAGCAGUGGCAGUCGCUGUCCACAGUCAAGAUAUGUCCAUUCCACUAUGUCCAUCAGGCUGGAGGAGUUUAUGGAUCGGAUACUCAUUCCUCAUGGUAUUACUUUUGUUUUUAUAUUUUGUGUGUGCUUGAUUUCAGUCUGCAAGCUUGAUAUUUUGGGGUUUGGUAGUAUUGUGCAUGCAUUUAUAAACAAUAAAUAGAUUUGUGGAGCUCUAGUUUCCAUACACUAGUCUACAUUUAUUAUAAAUGCAUACAUCUUUGGCCAGAUUAAUUAAUAUGUAGUAGCUUUGUCCACAUCAAAAGAUUGCUCCUGAUGGCAUCACUUCUGUUCAAGUCCCAUAUAUCUGAUGAAACAUCAGUGCUCUAAGUAGUAUUUUAAAAACUAUUCCAAUAUAAUGUGUCUAGUCCAUGCAUAAUGAUAAAAACUAAAGGUCAAGCUGUUUGUUUUAUAAAACAAUGAGAGUCAGAGUCAAUUUCUGCUGGGACAGCAAAGGUCUAUGUUUGCAUUAGUCUUUAGUCCUAACACUUUACUCUCCUUUCUUUGCUACAGCACACGGCAGCAGGAGAUGAGGGUGGUGGACAGUCCCUCUCUUCCCCAGGUAGCUGUUUAGAAGACUUCAGAGCUACACCGUUCAUUGAAUGUAAUGGCGCUCGUGGAACCUGCCACUACUUUGCAAACAAAUAUAGCUUCUGGCUUACCACUAUUGAUAAGACAUUCCAGAGUUCACCCUCUGCAGAUACAUUGAAAGCAGGGCUGAUUCGAACUCAUAUCAGCCGAUGCCAAGUCUGCAUGAAGAAUUUGUAACAAAACAAAAAAAACAAUAGAAAAUCUCAUUUUUUUUUAUUAAAAAGAUAAACACUAAACAAAAUUUAUAUUGGUGCUAAACUUUAACUUAUUACCUCACCACCUUGAAUUUGAAUAUAAUAUUCUGACGUGCAUAUCUUGCCUACUACCCACAAUAUGCACUAAGCUUUACAUCAAAUUAAGUUUUUCUUGCUUGUAAAAGAUCCUCUGUAUUAGUAUCGACUUCUUGUGUAUGAGUGAACCGCUCUGCUUGUAACUUACUGAGUAACCUGCCAGAAGCCAAGAAAUUGCAAAGUGAGCCUAAAAUUAUUUUGAAAUACAUAUUUUAUAUAUUAUUUAUUUUACCUAAACAUACAACUCAUUUGAAGUUUUUCCCAUGUUACAAUAAGUUUUUCCUUUAGCAUAAUCUAGUAAUAAGCAAAAAAAAUAUAUAUAUGUAUUCACUUCAUAAACAUUUUUAUGACAUUGCUAUUCCAUAGCCAUUACUGCAUUGUUAUGCAGCAAGAAAAAGCCUUCUAUAUGAAAAUGUAAACACUGUGUCCUCCUAAAGAAUAAACACUGUAUUUUUCAGAAUACAAGAUGCACCUGCACAUAAGACGCACCCAUAUAGUUCAACUAAAAAGUUAGAAGAAAAAAAACAACCAGUGGUGGGGGUAUGAGGGGUGGUGGUGGUGCAUGCGUGUGUGUUUGUCUGUGUGUGUCUCACCCCUCGGCACUCCAAAUGCUCUGGACAACAUCCUACAUAAUGUUCUUACAGCCAUAAUCUCAAAGUGCUAAAUAUUGCCUACACCUGGUAAUGGGAAUGUGGUGUGUGUUUAAUAAAGUAGGAAAUGUAAUACGGGCUCCCACUCCUGCAAAAGAGGCCUGCAUUGGCACAGUGAGGAUGAUUUUUUUUCACCCUAAAUUUGGCUUAAACAAACCUGCAUCCAAUAUUCAGGAAAAUAUGAUAGAUCAAUUUUUUCUUCAUAUUGUGUAAAUGCAUUACCAUAGUCCAAAGUGUACUUUUGUUGACUUAUUUAAUCUAACAACAGAUUCAAAAAGCACUCUCCUUUAGAAAAUAAAAUCAAUAAUAAACAAUACUUUGACGCUUAGAUUAAGCCAAUGUUUCAGCUUCCAAAGUGGUUGACGAAUUUCUAUUGUAGUAUUAUAUACAUACGUACAUUGUGUACAUAUUAUUUGUGUUGUUAUAGUCUUAGCAAUGUAUGUUAGUUGCAAAAAAGGACACUAUAUUGGGCUUUCAUAAACACUGCGAAAAUAACAGUAAGGUCUACACAUAUUGUGCCUGGCAUGCCUACCAGUACACGAUCAUUAGAAACAAAGAUUAUAGUAACAAAGUUAAAUUCCUCCAUAAAAGUUCUAACCUUAACACUUUUUUUAGCAACUAAAAUGAAAACCAAAAACAUGUCAGAAUCUAAUCAAUAAACUUGAAGAUGUAGUUACAUAUAUGCUAUUAUAUUUUCCAUUGUGAUUCUUUUAUUUUAAUUUCUAAAGAAUUAGGAGAUAUAUAUAUAUAUAUAUAUCUCCUAUCACUGCAGUGUGACAUGCCUUCUCUACAUUCACAUGUCAAUUUAAUCUGUUAUACCCAGGGGAGCAUCACCAAUACUUAUUACUGUUAUCACAAAGUCAAUAUUACGAAAAGGUGCAUCAGUGAAAAAAUGACUCUAGGUCAGAACCCAUACGUAGGUCUCUAUGCCAUUUAAGUGGUUUGCCAGCAGUUGAAACAGUCCCAUCACAUUAAGCCUCCAGGCAACUGAAUGUUUACCUUUUUUUUCCUGUUUUUCAGUAACUAUAUUACAACUGAAGACUAUAUCCCUGACUAAAUAUCAAGUUUAUGUAUUAUGUACCAGGCAAUAUAGGUUAAAUAGACACUAAGCACCAAAACCACUUAAUCUCAAUGAAGUGCUUUUGGUGCAUAGGCCUAUGCUUUUUCUGGUAUGGAAAACAUUUUGCCUAAUCCAUGUUUAUAGUGGGUAUCAGACUAGGCACUUCCCCAUUGAAGACCAUCAAUGCUGUUAAUGCUUCAAUUGGUGUGGUGGAGUGUGGCGACUGCCACCCAUGCACCACUGUCCACAAUGCUUGUUUAUGAGAAGCUUUUAAAUAGAUCAAGAUCAUCAUAAUUGAUGAUCUCAGAAGAGGUGGAGUCUGCACUGGGGAGUCUAUCACAGCAUGAAUUUGUUUUUUUACACUUCAAGCACCAUAACCACUGUAGACCUCUAGCGUUACUAUAGUGCCAGUAGUACCCUCCUGUGAUAAGUAUUCAAACCAUCUGAGAAACUUACUUGGGGUAUGCCCAGUGGUUCAGUGACGAGCUCAUCAUCUGAGACUUUCCAGUCAGUGGGCCACCCUUGCAUGCUAGCACUUACAGCAGUCAUAGAAGCUACUUGCAGGAGCAUCCAGUUACAGGGGUGCAGUAAACAGCAGACCCCAGGUAAGUUUUUAAACUGUUCUCAAAAGUGUUGAAUACUUGCCCUAGGAGGCAGUCAGGACACAUAAACCAUUACAGUGCUUGGAGUGUUCCUGUAAAUUCUUCUAGUCUAUAAUCAGCUCAUAACAGUUUGCUGUUUAGCGAAUAGGCUUCAAAUACAGAACACAUUUUUUAACACUAUCAUAUUCUUGGCACUUUGCUUUAUUUUAGUGGUACAGUUAUGUAACGUGUUACAUUUUAUUUGUUGCCACAACCUAUAACAAGUAAACAUGUAAAAAAAAAAAAGUAUCUUUAGAAAACAAAUGCUCUACCUAACAUUGGUGAAAAAAUUACUGUUUCCAUUUACGCUAGUAUUUCUCCAUGUAACAUCAGUGUAUAUUACGUUCUUCAUAUUACAAUUUUAUAAUUACCACUAUAACUUUUUAUUUUUUAUUUGAGGUUGUCAAGCAUUUUGUGUUGCUGUAAUUUUUAU